AUGGAACCCAAAGAAAUGGAAUCCAAAGAAUUAGAUACCGAAACGGUCAAGCCUCUGCCCGAUAAUGCGGAUGAAGAGGUGGGUGAAGGGUGUUUGGAUAACACUGAGCUGAAGUCCGAGGGCGAAGAAAAUGAAAAUGUUGAGUAUAAUUAUGAAUCACAUCGAUCACCUUUUCCUGAGGUUAGAGCUGUUGUUCCCGAAACCGAUGACCCGAGUAUGCCAGUUAGCACUGUCCGAAUGUGGUUGCUAGGUGUGAUAUUCACAAUGCUUGGGUCUGGAAUCAAUCAAUUUUUCUCGUUGCGAUACCCCUCCGUUCAUAUCGUUGCUCUCGUCGCGGAGCUUCUGGCAUACCCACUUGGCGUCUUUCUUGCGAAGACUCUCCCGAUGAAAAAAGUCUCCCUUGGACCCCUGGGAAGCUUUAUGAUCAAUCCAGACAGACAAUUCAAUAUCAAGGAACAUGCUCUGAUUGUCGUAAUGAGUAACGUCUCCUUCGGCUACGCUACUGCCGACGCCACAAACAUCAUCCAAGCCUCUAGCAAAGCCUUUUACGAUUUCAAUCUCAAGCCUGGUUUCUACGUGAUGAUCGUUCUAUGUGCCCAGCUCUUAGGCUUUGGAGUUGCUGGUCUAGCCGCUCCAUGGCUAGUCGAGCCAGCGCGUAUUAUCUGGCCAGGAGUCUUAUCCAAUUGCGCCAUGCUGCAGACACUACAUUCUCGCGCGAACUCUAUGGCAAAUGGGUGGCGCAUCUCUCGUCUACGGUUUUUCCUAUACGUAACGGCCGGCGGAUUCCUCUGGUACUUCUUCCCGGGCUUUAUAUUCACAGCUCUCUCAUACUUCACCUGGGUUUGUUGGAUAGCACCCAAGAACGUCAUCGUCAACCAGCUUUUCGGUAUGCAGACAGGUGUUGGUCUCAGCCCGAUUACAUUCGACUGGAGUCAAAUAGCGUACAACACGAAUCCUCUACUAUCACCUUCGUGGGCAGCGCUCAACGUCUUCGCCGGGUUUGCAUUCUUCUAUUGGAUCAUCGUUCCAAUCCUCUACUACAAAAAUGUCUGGUUCACAGCAUACCUCCCACUAAUGACAGCCGAUGUCUACGACAGAACAGGCGCAGUCUACGAAACUGCCCGUGUCAUUGCAUCAGACCAUACACUCGACGUGGAAGCUUAUAAGAAGUAUUCCCCUCCAUAUCUGGGUAUGACAUUCGCAUUCGUCUACGGUCUCUCCUUCGCCUCAAUUACCUCCGUCCUAUCACAUAUUGGUAUCUGGCACGCGCGCGAUCUCUGGGCUGCCCUGAAAGGCCGAAUUCAACUUGAUAUUCACGCUCGCUUGAUCCGUGCUUCAUAUCGCCGGACCCCGUGGUACUGGUAUGCUUCAAUUAUCGUGAUAAUAAUGGCUAUGUCAAUCGCUAUGGUCGAAGUAUACAAUACCAAGCUGCCUGUCUACGGUGUCUUCCUUGGCCUAAUCCUUCCAGCCAUUUACAUGAUCCCGUGCGGUAUAGUGCAGGGUAUCACAAACGUGGACGCAAAUCAGCUUAACGUGCUUGCCGAGUUUCUGGGCGGAUACCUUUUCGAAGGGAGACCGCUAGCAAAUAUGAUAUUUAAGAUCUUGUCCACUGAUGUCGUCGGACAAGGCGUCUACUUCGCAAUGGACAUGAAACUUGCGCAUUAUCUUAAGGUGCCGCCGCGGACUACCUUCGUUGCUCAGGGAGUCGCGACUAUACUUGGUGCUCUUACUCAGGCUGGUGUUACGUUGUGGAUGUUAGGCAAUAUUGACGGAAUCUGUGAGACGGACCAGGCUGAUAAUUUUACCUGUCCUAAUGGGCGAACGGUAUAUUCUUCUUCUGUUAUCUGGGGACUUGUUGGGCCUCGACGUCUUUACUCCUCUGGGAAAAUAUACUCGUCACUGCUGCACUUUUUCUGGAUUGGACUGCUUAUGCCGUUUGUUACGUACUUUUUGUACAAAUGGACACGACAACGUUUCUGGAAACUUAUCAAUUGGCCGCUGAUUUUCGUGGGGACUUAUAAUGUGCCUCCGGCUACUGGAAUCAAUUAUUCGAGUUGGGCUUUGGUGAACUUCCUUUUUAACCAUGUUGUGCGCCGUCGUUGGUUUGCGUGGUGGACUAAGACUUUAGAUUACAUUUUGGCUGCUGCGCUCGACACUGGUCUUGCUCUGAGCGGCAUUGUUAUUUUCUUUUGCAUCUCAUACCCUGGUGCUACCUUCCCUGACUGGUGGGGUAAUAAUGUCUAUUUGAAUACUGCAGAUGGAGAGGGAGUAUCAUGGCUGAAGAUGCCGUCGGUUGGGUAUUUUGGACCAGCGAAUGGGACGUGGACUUGA